UAAUUAAAAACUGACCUUUCAACUUUACUGAUAACACUGUCACAAAACUCAUCGCGUGAAUUACACAUAUUUACAGCGAAUUAAAGCAUUGACAACUUCAUGAAGAUGCCUCUCAAGUUUGCAGCCAACAUUUCGAUGCUGUUUCAAGAGAUCCCAUCAUUGUUGGGUCGUUUUAAGGCAGCCAAGGAUGCUGGGUUCAAGUAUACAGAGUGUACCUUCCCUUAUUCUGAGGGACCAGAGGAGCUUGAAAAAGCAUGUAAGGAAGCUGGUGUAGAACAUGUCCUUAUCAACAGCUGGCCAGGUAAAAUGGAAAAGGGAGAACUUGGCCUGGCUGCUUUACCUGAUAGGGUACAGGAUUUCAGAAUGCAGCUUGAACUCUCCAUCGAAUAUGCAAACUGUCUCAAUUGCAAAAGAAUGCAUGUUACGGCAGGAAGAACAUCACGUUAUAAAUUGGAAGAAAUGGAGACCACUUAUCUUGAAAACCUACGUUUUGCUGCUGAUAGAUUACAAAAGGAAGGUAUCAUGUGUUUGAUAGAACCAUUAAACUCCAGAAUUACUGCACCAAAUUAUUUCCUUAACAACCUUCAGAAAGGGGUUGAUUACAUAAAGAAAAUUAAUCAUCCAAACUUGAAACUGCAGUUUGACGUAUUUCAUGCUCAGAUUAUAUCAGGGGAUUUAACAGGAAAUCUGAAGAAGUUCCUUCCUUAUAUAGGUCACAUUCAGAUUGCCCAAGUGCCAGACCGAGGAGAGCCAGAUCUUCAGGGUGAGGUGAACUAUAAGUACAUAUUUCAGCUGCUGGAGGACAUCGGUUAUGAUGGAUUUAUAGGACUGGAAUAUAAACCAAGAACAACCACAACAGAAGGUCUCAAGUGGAUGAAAGAAAUAGGAGUGUCACCAAGUUGUGAAGAAACAAAAAAAUAAUUAUAUUGUAUGAUAUGCUAAGGAAGUAGAUGUUGUAUUAGAAUUAUUAUAAUAUUUUUAUUUUUCAGGAAUACCUAUUUAUUAAUAAGUGUCAGUAUAUAUAAUUAUUUUUUAAAAAUGUUAAAUUCAUUUGAAUCAGACAGCAAAAUGAUUAAAAUUUUCAAGACCAUUUAUGUUGAGCAAGAUUGCCACGACCUAGUCAUCAUAAUUGGUGACAAGUGUAUGUGCAUUAGUGCAGGCAUUAGUCCAUCAGUUCUUGGUUGACCCAUAAAUUUGCUGUGCAUCCUCAUUGUGACAUUGAGACAGAAUGUUACACACAAGAUUCAGGUCCCUAAAGUGUCAGGGAUACACUUUGUGGUCAAAUGUCAUGUCAGAUCUUGUCUGAGCCUUAAAGUUGAUAUGCAUAGACCAAUCUUUUAAUUGGCAGAAAUGUUUGACUUAGUGAAAUGCCUGUUGUCUGUAAAACCUGGGUAUCCAUCUCAAAGGUCAUUAUCUUGUUUGGACUCCAAGGUCAUUGUCUUGUUUGGACUCAAAGGUCAUUGUCUUGUUUGGACUGUAACUUUGACAUGCAUAGAGCAGUCUUUUAUUUUCCCCCUUUGUAGAGGGGGUAUAUUGUUUUGUUUAGUGUUGGUCAUUCUGUCUCCCCGUCUGUCUGCCCAUCAACAGACCAUUUGGUUUCAGAUCAAUAAUGAGAGAAUGCUUGGUCUCUCAGUGGUCGAACUUUAUAGGGUGAUAGCCUGUGGUCAGUACAUGACCUGUAUUGUUUUCUUUAACAUACGGUCGUCAAAUUUCAUAAGGUGAUUGCCUGAGGUCAGUAAAUGACCGCUAAUUUUGCAGGGGGCGGGGAGGUCAGUAGGUCAAAGGUCAAGGUCACAGAGACCUUCACACUGAAAACAGUUUCUUCUCAAUAACUAAAACUUAGGUCAACAGUCAUCAAUCUUCUCAAGAUGAUUUUAUGUAGCAAGUAGAUGACUCCUACUGUUUUUGGUGUCUGUAGGUCAAACAUCAACAUCACAGUGACAUCUACACUGAAAAUGAUUGAAGAAUGUUUUAGCGAUCAACCAUCUUAAAAUGGUUGCAUAUAGUUAAUGGAUGACAGAGUAGGUUUUGAGGUCAUUUGGUCACAGCAUUUAAAACUUACAUACCCACUUGCCUCAGACAUGACAUCAUGUGGGGCAUACGUGUUUUACAAACAGCUCUUGUUUAGUAUGUAUCUUUCUCUUAAUGAGAUGGUAUGUUGAAGGGUCAUGGUCAGACUAGGUGGUCAACUGUCAUGCCUAAUAGUGAUUUGGACACCAAAUUCUAGUUAAGUGUUUAAGCUCACAAUAAGUUAUAUGUUAUAAAAUUUAUUUUUAUAUAUAUACAAGACAAUUUUAACAUAGUUUUAUCAAUUCAAAUAACAGCAAGAUCAGCAGGUAUCUUUAAUGUAUUUUGUAGACAAAUGCAUACCAAACUAAAACUAAAUUGUUGAUUGCUUGUAAUUCCAGGGGUAAGAAAAAAGAGAAAGUAAAUUCCUUAAAGUUAUAAUUAAAGGGAUAUACACAGGUUUUUUAUUAGCUUACUUAGCACAAAGCUCUUACAGUGAGCUAUCGUGAUACCCCUGUGUUAGUCACCUGUCACUGUGAUAUGAGCUGUUGUGAUACACUUGUGUCCUUCAACAUCAUGGGUUAUUAACAUUUUUGCUGUUCACUCUAGUGGUAACAAUUUCAACGUAAUAUUAAUGAAACUAUGUCAGAAUUUUUCCCUCAGUUAAGAAAUGGGCAAACAUGAAACCAGGUCAUGAAAAAUAGGCCACUAGGUCAAAUCAUAGAAAAAUCUGUUAACACGCUACAGAUCAUAUUUAAGUUAUGUUAGACACUGGGUCAUUGGGGUCAAAUCAUAAAAAAACCUUUGUUAACACUCGUGGCCAUUUUUUCUACCUGAUUUAUUUAUAACAUGAUCUGAAUAUUUGUUUAUAUGAACUCUGUUGGAAACUAGGUCAUGUAGGUCCUUAAACUAGGUAAUAAGGUAAACUUUAGGAAAACCUUGCUAAUGCUGUAGAGGCCAUAUAUUCUAUCUGAUUUAUAUGAAACAUGGUCAGAAUGUUUGCCUUUAUGAAAUCUAGUUCAUGUUUGAAACUGGACCAUCUGGAUCAACAAGUAGGUCACUGGGUCAAGUCAUAGAAAAACCUUGUUAACUCUCUAGAGGGCAAAUUUUCUACCUGAUGUAUAUGAAACAUGGUCAAAAUGUAUGUCUGUAGAAUCUAGGUUAAAUUUGAAACUUAUUCAUGUAGGAUAAAACAAUGGGUCAAAAGGUGAAAUUGUAGAAAAGAGUUGUUAACACUUCAGAGGCCACAGUGUCUUCCUGAUGUUCAUAAAACUUGUUUGUCUUUGAGAAAUCUAAGUCAAGUUUGAAACUGGGUUAUCUAAGAGGAAAAGAUGGAUCACAUUGGUCAAAGAAACCUUGUUAGUUUACACUUCAGAGGUCAACUCUAUGUGAUCUUUAAGAAACUUCAUUGGAAUGGUUAUUUGUGAAACAUGUGAAAGCUAGGUCAAGUUAUAACUAUGCUGUGGACUGCUUGACUUGCUAAACUUGGUCAAAAGUAUCCUCUCAAGUUUAUGUAAAUUGUUCUACUUAACUUGAUCUUCUAAUCAGGGUCAUGUGUUUCAUAUUUCAGGAUGAAUCUUUUUCACAUUAAACAAAAUGUUUGCAUUAAUUAUUGAUAUAGUGUGUCUUGACAUGUAUUUAUGAUUCAGGUGAGAUAAAGGUUUAUGGGCCAUUAUGCCAAUCUUGUCCACAAGGUAACUUCAUGUUAUAUUUUGUAUCAUUUUACUUUGUAAUAGAAGUUAUCUUAUCAAACAAAUUUGGCUAUGAAAACCUUUUUAACUAUAUGAGCUGCGUCAUGAGAAAACCAACAUAGUGGGUUUGCGACCAGCAUGGAUCCAGACCAGCCUGCGCAUCCGCGCAGUCUGGUCAGGAUCCAUGCAGUUCGCUAACAGUUUCUCUAAUUCCAAUAGGCUUUGAAAGCGAACAGCAUGGAUCCUGACCAGACUGCGCGAAUGCGCAGGCUGGUCUGGAUCCAUGCUGGUCACAAACCCACUAUGUUGGUUUUCCCAUGGCACGGCUCAUAUAUGUAAUAUUUUGAUCAAUAUUGUUGUGCUUGAAAAAUGUGUUUUGGGUUUGUGUAAGUACCUAGUGCUACAUUUCUGUUACUGAUCAUGAAAUUCCAUGCCAUGAUGAAGUUACAUAAAUAACUCACUAGCCUGUUCUCCUCUAAAAAAUAAUUGUCUCUAAGCAUUUUAUUCUUCCAUAAAAUAGUGUGCCUUCCUGUUCAUUUUUACACUAUUUGUAGACAUUGUCAAAAUAAAGUACAUUGUGUACAUAAAAGGUCUGUAUAAACUUGUUUGUAAUUGUGAAAAUAUAUCACAAAGAAAGGUUUUUAAAUAUGUCAAGUACAAAAUAAACAAGGAAUUACAAGCAGUCUACAACCCAACAUUUAAUACUAGUUAAGAAGUUUGUAUAUAUACUACUUGAUUAGCCGUAUGCAAAUUUUGAUUCCAUACCUCAUGUUUUUAUUUCGAUGUAAAUGAGAUGUGGAACCAAAAUUUGUAGUCCUGUGUGGCGCCAUAUAACCUAUACUGUGUUGAUGCGCCGUAAAACCCAAAUAAAUAAAUAAAUAAACUUGAUUAGCCUUACUGGAUUCAAGAGACUGACUGCAAUAUUUUAUACAUGAGAUAUAAACUUCGAGGAAUUAUAGUUGAAGGUAGAUUAAACUGGCUCAAUGAGUUUUAUAAUUACUAUUUAACUUUUAUUGCUUUGUUCAUAGUUCUGUAUGUGAAGUUGGUAAAAAAAAAUGUAAUUUCACUUUUAUAUUUUGUUGCAAUGCAUUUUUCAUAUUUUAAUAUAUAUUUUGGCAUGUAAUGAUUUGAGAACAGUAUGCUUUCACAUUCCAGAGAAACAUGUAACCUAGAGUACAGAAUUAUAUCUGUAUUUUACAUUUAAAUGUAUAUUGGGUCAUUUUCAUGCUGCUUGUAAUUUGAUAGUCCAGACUUAUAAAUUUUGCUUUCUGAAGGAUUCAUGUUAUAUAGCCAAUUGUGUUUUGAAAUAUAUUGUUUAAGAAAAUUAGUGAUAUUCAUUCUGCAAAGACAUUCCAAAGAAUGCCAACAUUGAGUCCUUUAGAAAAUAAGGAAAUUUGUAAACCUAACCAGGCAUGAGUACAGAAUUCUGUUUGUGCCAUUGAAUUUUCCUGUUUCAUCAUGUUAUAAAAGAAGCAAAAUUUUAAUUUUGUACUUUUUGGGAGUCUGGAUUACUUAAAAAUGGAAAGUGUAUUAAACAUUAUUUUUUUCAUUUUGUCAUGUACAUUAUGAUUUGUUGGCACUUGCCAGCUGGCAGAUGAUAAAGUGCAUUGAUUUUGAGGUCAAGGUCACAUUGUCUGUUAAAACAAACUUUUUCCCCAUAAUAUUUUGAGGAUUUGACACAUAGCCCUAAAACUUUGCAGUCACAUUGCUCAUGGACAGUGAACGGCCUCUUAGGACAUUGUGUCUAAGAAAAAGAUUACAGGUACCAUUAGUUAAAAAAGAAUCAGCUUCAGAUCCAUCUAGAUUUUUAUGAAGUUUCUUGGUCAAAUAUCAUGGUCACUGGUACAAAGUGAUCAGAUGGAUCACAGGAUGAAUUAAAAUUUAACGUGGAACUGAAAAACGCAAUUUGGCUAGUACAAAUGUGUACAUAUGAUGCAAGUUUUCUUGAGCAGAAGUCGUGAAUGACAACAUUACCCAUAAGACAGUUUUAAUUCUUCCUCUAUCUCAUAUAAUGAUGGUUAAUUAGCUAGUCUGUAUAUCAAUGUCUCAUUUAUUUAAGCUAAAACUUUUAUUUAAUAAUACAUUAUUUUUAACUUCAAGAGAUGCUACCUAAACAUUUUUGUUUGUGCCUUUUACAUUGUGUAAUAUCAGUAUUAAAGAGUACAAGGCAUUUUUGUACACAUUUUAAUUUGUUAUGUACAGUGCAUUCGCGGUGCUACGAAUUGCAAUUUAACGAAAUACCGGUAUACUACGAAAAGGUGUUGUGGUCCCGGCUGCUUUCCUUCUUAUUUCUAUGUUACAAAGUCGCGGUUUUACGAAAUUGCAAUUUUACGAAAAAUGCGCUCAUACGAAUGUAUUUUUAUGCCCUUAAAGCCUGUUUUCAACUCGUUUUAGUUGCGGUUUUACGAAUACCUGUAUCUUCUAAGUUUUCACACCUUCCAUAAUAGCGUGAAAAACGCUUUAGAGUGGAAAGUGUCACGAUCAAUUAGUUGGGCGUAAACAGUAAUUAAAGUGUGAAAACUUAGUAAUUAAAUUCGAAACACAUACGCUGUGUUAGUGCUUAUUUUUUUCUUCUCUAACUAUCAGAUCGGAUGGCAUAUCAGUCACACUUGUUUCGAUAUCUAUAUGUCUAAAACAAUCACUACAUAAAACAGAUAAAAAAUAUUUAAGUCCUGAUCGUCUGUAAAUUGUCGUUUUAUUAUUCCAAACAAUUCAGUGAAGGGUAGCUGAAUCGGUAUAGGCAAUUGCUAUUUUUGUUCUCGUGCAACAAUGUACCCUGUAUAUGUCUUAUGUACAGUGAAUAAAAAGUGAAGAAAAACAAAACAACCCGUUUUACAUUUCAGAUUUGAAUAAGAUUUGUAGUAGACCCAGAUGUACAUAUAAAAUUUGUAUACAUGUACAUGUACUCCGAUACGAAAAUAACAUGUUUAAAUAUCACGGGUUACAACGUGUAGAUAUCAAGGUGCUGUAUAGCGAAAUUUCCUAUGCUGCGCUCGAACGAAAAUGCGAUAUUACGAAAAAAACGGCCGGUCCAUUGGCUUUUAGUAGGAUCGCGAUUGUACUGUAUAUGGUGUAACUGUUAGGGGUAUAUUGUUUUCUUUUAUUCGUAUUUUUGAUGUUGUAAAUUUGUAAAAAAGUUACUGCAAAUCAUGCAAUAACCAUAUUAUUUUUAUAUAUUAAUCCAAUUAUUAUUAUUUAUGGUGCAAACAGCUUUUUAAUAUAAUGAACCUAUUUGUAAUUGUUUUAAUUCAAUUUUCAUAAUAAUGUACACAUAUAUACCAUAUGUACCUAAAUAGGAAAACAGAUAUUAGUGUUAAAUAGGCAUGCUCCAGAUAUAUGUAACUUUUUAUGAAAUUUAUAUAAGUUAGAACAUACUUCUAUUUUACAAAUAUAAGAAAGUACUUUUAUUUGUUAGUAGCUGUAAUCAAAAAGUAAAAUCAGGGUGUUUUGGCAAGCUCUAGGCAGUAUUAAAAUUUUGUAUAAAUAAACACUCGUGAAGUUAGAAAAAUUAGAAGAAAAUCUCUCCAAAGCAUUACUCAGGCAGCAGAAUUUAGAUGUAAUACAGGUAAAAUUUUGUUGUACUUUAUCAGGCUGUUUUACAGAGUUGAUAUUCCUCACCUCACUUAUCUCUGUUAGUGUCCAGUAAGUAAUACAUCAGUGUGGCAUAACAGUGUUCGUGUAUCAGUGGAAUAAUGUCAUAUGUAUAACUCAAGCAGCAGUUACAAAGUUUUAACACUAAUGAUUAAGGGUCGCAUGUGGUUCUUGGAUGACAGCUUGUAUAUAAAAUGAAUCGGAACCACUCUUUUUCCUUGCACUAUUAUAAGAGUCUGAACAUUUGGUUCUUCUGUAUUUCUGUGAUUCAGCAGGUAUAAAAGAUUUGAUUUCAUAUCUUAUUUUUUUUUGUUUCGAUGUAAAUGACAUGUGUAACCAGAAUGUUUAGUUCUGUUUGGCACCAUAUAACUUGUAUUGUAUUGCUGCGAUAUAAAACACAAAUCAAAAUCAAACUUAGAUGAAGCCAAAAAUAUUUAGCCAAAUAGAUGCGACUGUCAUUCUACUUGUUCAUGCUCCACUUGUUUACUAGUAUUUACUCAGAUUUUGCAUUUUCUGUUGCAAUUUCUGGUAUUCAGCAUUGUGUUACAUAUUUCAACAAUCUUUAAAUGAGUGUUUUAGUUGCAUUGUUAGUACUGGUAUAUUGUUAGUUUUUAUACGCCCGUUUGAAAAACGGGACGUAUUAUGGGAACGCCCCUGGCGGGCGGGCGGGCGGCGUCCACAGACUUUGUCCGGAGCAUAUCUUCUACAUGCAUGAAGGGAUUUUGAUGAAACUUGGCACAGUUGUUCACCAUCAUGAGACGGAGUGUCAUGCGCAAAAACCAGGUCCCUAGGUCUAAGGUCAAGGUCACACUUAGAGGUCAAAGGUCAAAUUCAAGAAUGACUUUGUCCGGAGCAUAUCUUCUUCAUGCAUGGAGGGAUUUUGUUAGAACUUGGCACAAAUGUUCACCACCACAAGGCGGAGUGUCAUGCGCAAGAACCAGGUCCCUAGGUCUAAGGUCAAGGUCACACUUAGAGGUCAAAGGAUACAAGAAUAAAAACCUUGUCCAGAGCAUUUCUUCUUCAUGCAUAGAGGGAUUUUGAUAUAACUUUGCACAAAUGUUCACCACUAUGAGGCGGAGUGUCAUGCGCAAGAACCAGGUCCCUAGGUCAAAGGUCAAGGUCACACUUAGAGGCCAAAGGUCAGAUACAAGAAUGACUUUGUCCGAAGCCUUUCUUCUUCAUGCAUGGAGGGAUUUUGAUGUAACUUGGCACAAUUAUACACCAUCAUGAGACAAAGUGUCAUGCGCAGUUCCCUUCUUUAGAAUUACUUCCCUUUGUUGUUACUAUAAAUAGCUUAUAUUGUAACUUUUUCAUUACUAGUCGUAGGGAAAAAUCGAGACCACUUUUCUGUAGUACAACAUGCAUGCUACAUCCAUUUAUGAGGUGUAUUUUGACCAAUCUCUGCCUGAUGAAGAUUUUUGUGUGGACUUACAAUUUUUUUUUUUGGAUUUUUUUUUUUUUUUUUUUUUUUUAAAGAUUAUUUUCCCUUAGUUGUUACUAUAAAUAACUUAUAUUGUAACUUUUUUAUAAUUGACCGUAGGGAAAAAACAAGACCACUUUUCUGUGGUACAACAUGGAUGUUACUUUCAAAUUUUAGGUGUAUUUUAAGGUAUCUCUACCUGGUAAGGAGUUUUUUGUGGACUUAGAAAAACAAAUGACUUACAAUGAUUACUAAACAACCACAAAAUUAAAAUUCCAUUUGCAAAUACAGGUGCUAGAGUAAAGAAAUUUGCUGUGACGGGCGUAUAUUGUGACAUUCUGGCACUCUUGUUGAAUCCUAAUAAAUUAUAUCAGAUCUGUUUUGAGAUUUUUGUCAUUUUCCCAGCAGAUGCAGAAUUCAUUGUUUACCAUGAAUAACUUGUUAAUUGUUAAGAAACUGAUUAUUUAAUGUUAAAUGACAAUCUAGUCUUUGUUUUUUUAUAACAAAUCUUUUAUUCUUAAUUUUAAACCAGUUUUAAGUGUGUGUUUUUCUUAGUUUUAUGUUAUUUAAGUCUAAAAUUUAUUGCUCAUUAAGACAAUUUCAACAACGAUUUUUUCAGUUCAGGUUAUGAUGUGUGUAUUUAUGACAUGAUUCAUAAUAACAUCAUAUGAAUGUUUCAUUGGUAGUUGGUCAAUAUUUGGCCCCAUAUUGUUAUGUGCCAAGGUACAAAAUUAGUAACUGCUAUCCAAACGAUACAGCAGUGAAAUAUAUUGAAAUAGAAAAAGUGGAAACUCAACAGGUUGCUCAACAUGACAAAAAUGAAAAUGUUGCAGGCUCAGUUUGAUUGAGACUGUUGUGGAUGGAAGUGGUAAUGCAUGCUACCGUCCAUGCCCUCUAACCCCGGGUUAACUAAACAUUUACCAGUACACAUGUUACAAGUUACAAAAAUAAUUUACAGACAUCCACUGAAGUCAAAACAUUCCCUGCCUUUUUGACUAAGCUGAUGUCUUUUCACUGGCAAAUAGAAAAGCUUCCUCUGUGGAUCAAUGCAUCCAAGAUAUUGGUGAAAAUUAAUGCCCAAAAAUAUCAUACAAAAUAUCUGUAUGAUGUAUUCUUCUCAUUUAUUUAUUAUACUCCUGGAAUUGCAGUUUUGUCUAUCUGUCAUUCUGUAACACCUCAUUUGUCAGGGGCAUAACUCCUAUGAGAGGAGCUAAAGAGUGCAAGAAGCAUAACCUACCUAUAGAUAUUGCAGUUAUCUCACCUUUCAACUUUAUUAUGGUUGUUGCUUGAAACUUUGUAAAAUUGUCAUUCAGCAUGCGAAGUUGUGCACCUGGGGUUUCGUUCUGGAUUUCACUAAACCAGACCAGAGUAAUUAUCCCUUAUUCGGUCAAAAUAUACAUGAAGGGUCUAAAAUUUUGUGUCACAUGUAUCUGGGAAAGUUACCUAAAUUCAUAAGACCUAGGAAUUUUAUUUAACAUGUGAUUUUGUGCACCUGUAGAUUUGUUUUGGAUUUCACCAAGUCUGCCCAGUUUUUUUACUUUGUCAAAAUAAACUUAAAUGGCAAAAAAAGAAAUGCAUGUUUCUCAAAAAAGCUCGGACCUAUAGUCAUGAAACUGAUUCAUAGGAUUGGUUUUCAGCAUGUGAAGUUGUGCACCUUGGAGUCUUUUUGGAUUUCACUCUGCAAGACCAGAGUUAUGGUUUCAGCUUAAUCAAAAAUAUGCAUUAAAGGCUUUAAAUUAAAAUGUUUGUGUCACAUAAAUCUCAGUAAGUAUUUAACCAAGAGUAAUGAAACCGUAUGGAAUAUUAUUCAGCAUGUGAAGUUGUGCACCCACCCAUCCCCUCAAAAAAAGAGAAUUAUUUCUUUUACUCUUUUCUUGUUGUUUGAUAGUAUCCACAUCCCCCACCUGCUGAUGACUGACAUACCUGCUGAUGACUGACAUACCCAGCCCAAUGAAAUAUAAGUUUAUUUAGUUUUGUAUUGUCAACAAGAAACAUGUAACUAUAUAGUGACAGAAAAUGAGGGUAACACAGGGUAUGGAUACACAUCUAGAAAAAACUCCUAAUUUCCACCACUUCCUACACGUGGUUAGUAUUGAAAUAGCUUAUAUUUAUUUUAUACUCAAUUCUGUGUUGCAGAUAUUCAGUUUUGUGUGCUUCUUAACUGAAAAUUGAAAACAUGGUUUUUUGGUUGGACUAGCAGAUGGAUACACAGGUGGCAUCAAACUUGUUAUGUCAUCUUUCAUGCGGAUUGAGAUAUUUUAAUCACUCUUGGCCUGUCGGUGCUUACUGUAACAUCUGUACUAGGACAGCAUAUUGGGUUAGUGAGGUCAAGGUCACUGUUACUAGAAAUAGUCUCCACGAAUUAGACUAAGAUCAAAUGAAUUAAAUGAAACUUCACCGACAGCAAGUUUUUAUCAAUAAGUAACCAAGGCUGGGAAUGUAUAUGGGUUCUGUAGAGUCAGUCAAGUGGACCAUUUCUUAAUUUCCAACAAUUUAAAAAUUCCAUCUUUGCAGAGUGGUCCAAGAGGCAUUGAUGGAUAUUAACACAUUUUUGUACGAAAAAAAUGAGUCAUUCAGACAUACUUUUAGGUCUUUAAAAUAGUUUGCGGUGAAAACCCUGUUCUUCAUUGAAUUUUCACAUCUCUUGUUUCUGCUUUGGGAGGUACUAGUAAAUACUUACAGAUAAAAUGAAAGCAUUAGCUUUUACCUCCUUUCAUUUCAAUAUAUUGCCAUCUUGGUGCUACUUGUUUGCAACAGUUCCUUUUCCCGCAUCAGUUCCGUCUCUCAACACAGAUGGUCAUUUGACAAGUUAGCUUCACCAGAAAGAAUCAUUACUUAGGUUAAUGUUUUUAGGAAAUGAAACUUGAUGUUGUCAGUCCUGUGUUCACAUAUUUUCAGUUGUGGGUUCCAGCAAUAUUAUGAUGGAGAAUAGUCUAAAUUGUUUAUUAUACAUUUGUAAACUUUAAUUGUUAGCUCGACUAUUCAAAGAAUAGUAGAGCUAUAGGACUCACCCAUGCGUCGGUGUCCGGGUCCGUGUCUCGAUUUGGUUAAGUUUUUGUAUGUAAGCUGGUAUCUCAGUAACCACUUGUGGGAAUGGAUUGAAACUUCAAACACUUAUUUACUGUGAUGAACUGACUUACAUUGCACAGGUUCCAUAACUCUAUUUUGCUUUUUUACAAAAUUAUGCCCCUUUUUCGACUUAGAAAUUUUUGUGAAGGUUUUGUAUUUAAGCUGGUAUCUCCGUAUCCACUAAUGGGAAUGGAUUGAAACUCCACACACUUGUUCACUGUCAUCAUCUUACUUGCACUAAGCAGGUCCCAUAACUCUACUUUGCAUUUUUUGAAAAUUAUGCCCCUUUUUCACAGCAGUUUUUGCUUAAAUUCUUAUAUGUGAGCUGGUAUCUCAGUACCCACUAAUGGGAAUGGAUUGAAACUUCACACACUUGUCCACUGUCAUGAGCUGAUAAGCACUCUGCAGGUUCCAUAACAUUAUUUCCCAUUUUUACAAAAUUAUGCCCCUUUUUCGACUGCGUAUUCAUUCAAUUGACAAGGCUGUUUAAUAGUCGAGCGUUGCAGCCCUCCGAUAGCUCUAAUUUUGUUUAUGUAUUUUAUAACAUCUUUUGUAGUAGUUACACACCCAAUUUUUAAGAUAGAAAUUAGCUUGUAUAAAUAUUGUUAGUUUGAAAGAUUAAAAUUUACCAAGAA